AGAAAACUACAAGUAGGUUUGUUUGUCUACUGGUGAACUCAGAUUGUUUUGUGUAGGAGCAGAACGAUUCUUUUGCCCGAAGAAGAAGGCUUCCGGUAGCCACAGGCGAAUUGAGCAAUGCUAACCUGUUGAGAAGUGAACGUAGGUCAGUGUUGUGCUUGCGUAGCGCUUAGUGUUUCACAGUCACAGGUGAGGUCGGAUAGGGCCGUUCAUUGGUCGGAUAGGGCCGUUCAUUGGUCUGUAUCAUCCCACUGCUGCCCGCGACAUUGGAAAUGAAAGCAGGCCAGGUGGUCGUCCUUCUGCUCCUCUGGCCAGCGGUGCUGGGGCUGGUCGAUGGUGCGCAGGCUCAAGACGUCAAUGAUGUUCCUUCCAUCACCGAUCCAAAUCCAACAGUGCCACCAUCUUCAUCACCAGCUUGGCACCAGUGUGGAAAUCGGUCAUACAUGUACCCAGAAAACGUGAGAAAGAAUUUGUCAAUGGCCGUCGAGCACUGCAGGGUGUACGCCGAGGGUGGGCAGAUCGCCACCCCACGCAAUCUUGUGGAGCAGGGAUGCAUGAAUAACUCAAGUCUCGACACACUCUGGCUGGGCGUGUACAGAGUUGGUGGCGCUUGGCUGGAUUUGAAAACGAAAACAGAAAUAACAGCCGCUUUUUGGGGAGAACAUGAGCCGAGCGGAGGCGAUUGUGCGACAAUGCGGUACGACUCAAAUGACGGCUACAAAUGGGAUUCUACCGAAGCCUGUGGCCAGAAAAUCGGUUUUGUUUGCGAGAGACAAGGAGGCGUCCCUACACCCAAACCAACAAUAACAGCUGCAGGACCACAGCCAAUCUGGUCCCAGUGUACGAAUGCAUCAUCUGCGUACGCUUACAUAAGAGCCAGAAAGACGUUUGUCGACGCCGCACAUUACUGCAGGGAACAAUUUUCGGGCGCAACACUGGCCGCCCCGGGGAACGAUUUCGAACAGAACUGCGUGACCCGUUUGAGACCCGACACUACAACUUGGCUUGGCUUCCAUAACGUGGCAGGAGUGUUUAUGGACUUUGAAACCGGGGCAGCCAUGACGUAUCGGAACUGGGCCACGGGCGAGCCCAACGGCGCCAUGUGCGUAACCAUGUAUCAUCACCGUGACGACGUGAGAGGCAAAUGGGACGACACCGAGUGCACGGUGCGUCACCAUUUCAUUUGCCAGCGAUCAAAAGGAGGACAACCCAACACCACAGACUUAAAAGCUUGGAAAGCUUGUGCCAACACCUCAUACGAGUACCAAUACCAAGGCAAUAUGAAAAAGAAUUUCCUCGAGGCGGCAACAUACUGCAGAGAGCAUACUGGCGGUCAGCUUGCCAUGCCGCAGAACCAAGCACAACAGAACUGUGUGUUCAACUCCAAGCCCCUCACCACCAUCUGGCUGGGAAUCAAUAAAGUAGGUCACGACUGGCUGGAAUUUGAAGCAAGAACACAUUUAAAAUACCAUAAUUGGGCAGCGCAUCGGCACACCGGUGGACACUGUGGAGCAAUGCCGUACGACUUUAAGCCUGACGUGGCCCACAGGUGGAACCUUAAACGCUGUGACAGCCUGUCAAGGAUUGUUUGUCAGAGAAAAGUUGCAGGACACCAAGCCUCAACAACAACAGUAACACCGACAACAGCUGCAAACGAGGGUCAGACAGCACUCACGAGGAGAGUCGGGCACCGCUGUGCCAAUGUGUCCUAUGAAUAUUACAUGUACAGUCGGCGGACUGAAAUGACAUUCGCUAAGGCCGCUAACUACUGUAGGACAGAACUCACAGGCGGACAGAUUGCCACGCCGAUGAAUUCUGAGGAGCUCAACUGUUUGUUUGAAGCCAAAGAAGAGUAUACUCCAUAUGCUGUCUGGCUGGGUUUUCACAAGGUGGGCCGAGAGUUCAUCGAUUUUGAAACAAAAACAAUACUCAAUUAUAGCAACUGGGGGCACAAUGAAGGGAGGCCCGACAGUCACGAGAAGUGUGUGUCUCUGAAGCAGGAUGGCGACAAGCGCAAAUGGCGGGAUGUCGGCUGCUCUAUCACAGAGCAUGUGCUGUGCCAGAGAGCGGUGGCAAACAAGACAGACCUCGCAGCUUGGAAAGGUUGUGCCAACACCUCAUACGAGUACCAAUACCAAGGCAAUAUGAAAAAGAAUUUCCUCGAGGCGGCAACAUACUGCAGAGAGCAUACUGGUGGUCAGCUUGCCAUGCCGCAGAGCCAAGCGCAACAGGACUGUGUGUUCAACUCCAAGCCCCUCACCACAAUCUGGCUCGGCUUUUUCAGAGUAGGUCAUCAAUGGCUAGAGUUCGACGGCAACUUCAAACUAUCGUUUUCUAACUGGGCUGCACACAGGCCGGACGGUGGAAGCUGUGGAGCAAUGUGGUAUGACAUCGACCAAUCUCAACCGCAGGGUCAGCAGUGGGAUGACGUGAACUGCGCCAAGCCGUUAAUGUUUGUUUGCCAGAGGAAAGUUACAGGAAACUCCUCCACAACAGCAACCGUAGCGCCAGCAACGACUUCAAGUGGACCUGUAAAACCAGAGAUCCUCUGGUCUGAAUGUGCCAACUCAUCCUAUGAGUACCUGUUCACAUCGCAACAUCGCGAGAAAACAUUCGCCGAUGCUGCAGAUCUCUGCAUGAAGUAUGGAGGUGGUCGUAUUGCCGCUCCAAUGAAUGCCAUUGAACUCAACUGCAUUCAUAAUGUGAAAAGAACCCCGUGGGAAAUGUGGCUGGGUUUCCUUCGAAUCAACGGACGUCUGCUCGACUUUGCAACGAAACGAGAUGUAACGUAUACGAACUGGCCGCCCAACACACAACCUCACGGACACGGUUGCGUGCGAAUGUCUACGGCCGGCCAUUGGGGCAUUGUGUCGUGCAGCAACAGCGAGCAUGUUAUGUGUCAGAGAGCAGCUACCAACAGAUCCGAGCUACCAGCUUGGAGCAAAUGUGGAAACAAGUCCUAUCUGUUCCAGGCGCAUCUGAGGAAGAAUUUCGCCGAGGCCGCAAUACACUGCAGAACGCACUACGAGGGUGCGAAGAUCGCCAUGCCACGCACCGAAGCGGAGCAUGGCUGUCUGUACCGCUCGAAACCGCUCACCACAAUCUGGCUGGGCAUAUACAGGGUGGGUGACACUUGGCUGGAGUUCGAGACGAAAAACAGACCAGGGACCUUCUUUUGGAAACAGCACGAGCCCAGGCAAGGCCAUUGCGCCACAAUGUGGUACGAUGCCGAUCAUGCAAAUGGGAAAGACUGGGAUGCCACCGAGGCCUGUGGCGAUCGGGUGAAUUUUGUGUGCGAGAAAGAAGUACCACCAACAAAUACAAGCAAGGAACAGACGACAGUUGUGACUGGCCCUCAACCAAUUUGGUCAGGAUGCAGGAAUGCAUCCUACGAAUAUGUGUACGUAAAUGCUACAAAGACGUUCGUGGAUGCUGCCGAAUACUGCAGAAACAGAUUUCCAGGCGGUCAGCUGGCCACUCCAGCUAACAAGACUGAAGAGAACUGUGCAUCCCUGUCACAGUCCAGUGCGACCAUCUGGCUAGGUAUACAUGAAGUCAGUGGACUGUUCUUUAACUUUGUGACUGGAACUCGAAUUGACUACGCAAACUGGGAGGCCGGUGAGCCCAACAAUGGAAAGUGCGUUGCUAUGAUGCCCUCUUCAGGUGCUACCGGGCAGAAGUGGAAGGCUACUUGGUGCAUGCAGCUCCACACUUUUGUGUGCCAACGGCCAGCAAAUUCCAGUGCACCGUCUUCGCUAUCGUCACAAUCACCAACACAACUGCCGAGUGCAUCAUCUGAAUCAUCCCUGUCGUCAUCGUCAUCAUCAACAUCAUCACCGCCAUCGUCAGCAUCAACACCGAUGUCGUCAUCGUCAUCAUCAACAUCAUCACCGCCAUCGUCAGCAUCGCCACCGAUGUCGUCAUCGUCAUCAUCAACAUCAUCACCGCCAUCGUCAGCAUCACCACCGAUGUCGUCAUCGUCAUCAUCAACAUCAUCACCGCCAUCGUCAGCAUCACCACCGAUGUCGUCAUCGUCAUCAUCAACAUCAUCACCGCCAUCGUCAGCAUCACCGCCGAUGUCGUCAUCGUCAUCAUCAACAUCAUCACCGCCAUCGUCAGCAUCAACACCGAUGUCGUCAUCGUCAUCAUCAACAUCAUCGCAGCCAUCGUCAACAUCACCGCCGAUGUCGUCAUCGUCAUCAUCAACAUCAUCGCAGCCAUCGUCAACAUCACCGCCGAUGUCGUCAUUGUCGUCGCCGUCAGCACUAACACCACCAAUGUCGUUGUCGUCAGCAUCACCACCGAUGACAUCAUCGUCAUCGUCAUCUCCACCGUUGCCUUCAAGUUCUGAACCUUCCUCAGCGGGUGGAAUAGACAUCACACCGACUAAGGAUACAACCUCGCCUGUAACCAACUCAAAGAAGACAGCGACAUCAGCCAAGACGAAGUUCAUAGUCCUCGGUGUUGUGCUGGUUAUCAUUGCUGGUGCAAUUCUGGUACUUUUGCUCGUGGCUAAAUCGGAGUGGGCCAAGCGUUUGCGCGCCUCCUGGAAGAACAUAAAACGCCUCGACGAAGUCAGCUUGGGUGAUCUUUCUCAAGCCUCAGCAAGACCUUGACUUUGUGUGCCUGUGUUUAUAUGUGUGGUUGUGUGCGUGUGCGUGUGUGUGUGUGUGUGUGUGUGUGUGUGUGCGUGUGUGUGUGUGUGUGUGUGUGUGUGUGCACGUGUGUUCUCGCAUCUCUUAUUCCUGUGGUUUGUUAUGCAUUCCACCGCAGCACCCAUUCUACUUAUCCGUUUCCGUUUCGUGUCAAUUUUCGCCCAAAGGCCACUGCCUAACGGGUACAUUUCUUCCCCCCCCCCAUUCUACCGGGAAUGUGUUGACUGCAGCCAGUCAUUAUUCCUGCUCAGCCACGCUUGUCAAGCAUUUUGUAGAAUUACUACAUGAACAGUCCUCUGCAUGCCAGUACGUACGCACAUGUAUAUAGUAUUCCACGCCAAUCACGUAUCACCCUGUCAAGUGUGCCCAUUCUGUUUAUACCCCCCCCCCUUCGUUAGUAAUUUAAACUAAUUUUGACGAAGAAGUGCUGGAAAAAUUGAGCUUUCCCAUCCGCUUACCUACUGCAGUAUCUCGACUACCAUGCACCAUGAGAAGGCAAAUAUUAACUCAGUCAAAUCUCGCUCACAACG